AUGGUGACCAUCAAGGAGAGUGCGUAUCAUGGGCUGCAGAGUCCACCCGUCGACGCCGACGUCAAGGCGGCGGUGGAUGGACAUCCGCGUGAGGCCGCAGGACUGUUCAGCGCGUCCACAUUCGGAUGGUGCAACGCGCUCAUCGCGCUCGGGAACACGCGGCAGCUGGCGCCGACGGACAUUUGGGGCCUUGAAGACAGCAACCGCGUGGGCCCUCUGCUUGACCGCUACCUACACGUGUACGAGACCAAGAACAAGGGUCUAUUGAAAGCGUUCUUCUCCAUCUACAAGUGGAAACUCGUAGCGAUCGCCAUCAUGCAAGCCAUCUCGACAGGUUGCACUUUGUUUGGACCGGCCUACGUGCUUCCCCAGGUGAUUCUGUCGGCGGCGACCCAGGACUGGACGCGCGGCGUGCUUCUGGUCGUUGCGCUGUACGCAGUUCAAAUGCUGUCGUCGUUCCUGGCGGUGCACAUGAACUUUCUGAACGCCGUGAUCGGCAUCCAAUUCACCGCGUGUCUGCGCUCAAUGCUGUUUGAAAAGGCGAUGAAACUGAGCCCCAAGUCGCGCAAAGCCAAGACCGCGGGGGACAUCGCCAACUUGUUCUCUGUGGACGUCCUCAACGUCAUGGCGCUGUCGACCAACCUCAACAUGGCGUGGAUCGUGCCUAUCGAAGUAGGUGUGACACUGUAUCUCAUCCAGCGCCAAGUGGGAUGGGCCAUCUGGAUCGGCUUCCUCGCACUGUUUGUGAUCCUGUUGAUCACGGGCGGCGUCGGCGCGUUCGCCGGCAAGGCGCAGCGCCUGAUCUUAUCCUCCAAGGAUGACCGGAUGAAAGUUAUAAACGAGCUAUUUGGAGCGAUUCAAAUCGUCAAGUUUAACGCAUGGGAAGACAAACUCGCGCAGAAAGUCGCCGAUUUGCGCGCCAAGGAGCUGGACGCGCUCUGGUUCCUCAUGAAGACCAUCCUCGUGCUGAUCACAAGCAUAAACACGACGCCAGUGCUCAUCACGGUCGUGGUGUUUGCCACGUACUCGAUCUGGAUGGGCCAGCUCUUGACUGUAUCAAUCGUGUUUACCACUGUCGCCCUAUUCACGAACCUCCAAGUAGCGUUCAUUGCCAUGCCCAUGGUAUUGGUGAGCACGAUCCAAGCGCUCGUGUCUGUCCGCCGCAUCGACGACGUCCUCGCCAUGGAAGAGGUACAUCUGGACAACAUCCUCCAUCCUCGUUUCCCCAUGGAUUGUGACCUCGCGAUUCAAAUCUCCAACGGAUCGUUUGGGUGGGAGAAGGAAUCCCCUCUGUUUACGAACCUCCAGUGGUCAGUCCGCCGAGGCGAGUUUGUCGUCGUGCAUGGAGCUGUGGGCAGCGGCAAGUCGUCGCUGUGCUCCAUCCUCCUUGGCGAAAUGGACAAAUAUGACGGCGCGGUCGUCGUGGCUGGCCGCGUGGCUUACUUUGGCCAGCAAUCGUGGAUUCAAAAUGCUUCGAUUCGACACAAUAUUGUGUUUGGAAGGCCAUACGAUCGCGUUCGGUACCGCCACGUACUAGACGCGUGUGGCCUCUUGAACGAUGUCGCAGGGUUUCCCGCCAAGGACCGGACCGAGAUCGGGCUCAAGGGCGUCAACUUAUCCGGAGGGCAGAAGGCGCGCGUGAGUCUGGCGCGGGCAUGUUAUGCGGAUGCAGACGUUUACAUCUUGGAUGCGCCGCUGGCGGCCGUGGACGCGAUCGUCGCCAAUGAAAUAUUCACCAAGUGUUUCCAGACCUUGCUAAAACACAAGACCAUCGUGCUUGUGACCCACAACCCUGACAUUGUCGCAUCUACCGCCAUCGACCGAUCCUUUCUGCUCCAAGAUGGACACUUGAUAGACACCACUCCUGCCAACCACGUCCGGAACCGUGUCGCAGACGAGUCGUCGUCCGUGGCGCCUCUGCGCGGCCGUCUGGGGAUCGGGGGCACCGACGAUGACAAUCUCGACGUUGUUGUGGUGCGCCGGCCCCACAACCUGCUCGUGACUCCGUCCGCCCAGUCACCGUACGUGUUCGAGCAUGCGGAUCCGCUGUCCGUGUUCACGCCCGCGGGGGCGGACGAAGCCCCGCACGGACACGAGGAGGGGGGGGCGCUGACGGUGGACGAGGAGCGCGCGGUGGGGCGGGUCUCCAAGGCCGUCGUGUGGUCGUACAUCCAAGCGAUCGGCGGAUGGCCAUCCGUGGUGAUCAUGCUGCUGGCCACCGCCGCCACGGAAGCCAUCCGAUUGAACGCCGACGUGUGGCUCACGGGAUGGACGAACCAGAGCAACUCGGCACUCCGGACAUCUGCCGAGAAAGCCGACUCCAACUACAACUUGACUGUGUACUCGGCGCUCGUGCUCGCGACGUGUGCGGCGACUGUGGUGCAGUUUGGGGUCGUGCUCGGGUUUGGGUUGCGGGCGUCGCGGGUGCUAUUUGAGCGGAUGCUGGCGGGGCUCAUAGCCGCCCCCAUGCGUUUCUUCGAUACAAAUCCCAUCGGCCGCAUCCUCAAUCGCUGCGGGGACGAUGUGUUCCAGUGCGAUAUUGCGAUUCCCAUGUCCUUCGCGCCCAUCUUGGCGUCAACGGCCACCGUGCUGGCGCGGCUAGGGCUCAGCCUCGCGGCAGUCCAGUGGAUGGGGCUGCUCCUCCCCCCCCUAGUGUACAUCUACGUCAAGCUCGGGGCGUACUUUAUCCUGCCGCUGCGAGAGCUGAACCGGAUCAAAAAGGUCACCAUGUCGCCCCUCCUUACGCUUGUGAGCGAAGGCGUGGACGGCGCCGUCGUGAUCCGGGCGUUCGGACUCAACUACCAGCGCCGAUUCUACCGCCUCCAUGACGUGGCAAUCGAGGACUUCUCCGCCGCGGCCUUUGCGCUGGCAUCCGUCAACCAAUGGUUUGCGCUGCGUGUAGCCUGUGUGUCGAAUUCGCUCGUGUUUGCGCUGCUCUUUGGCUGUGUGGUCAUGUCCAAAUCCAUCUCUCCGGGCAUCCUCGGGCUUGUGAUUUCGUACGGGUUUACAAUUCCAGGCAGUUUAGCACAGCUUGUCAACAUGUGGGCUGGCCUGGAGACGGCGCUCAUUGCUCCAGAACGUCUGCACGAAUACGCGGCUUUGCCCAGCGAAGGACUCCGACACGUGGGAGACGUGCCCAACUGGCCAUCCAACGGGCAACUCUCAUAUGACCAAGUGAGCUAUCGGUACAAAGAGAACGACCCGCUGGUCCUCCGAAAUGUAUCGUUUCAAGUCCAAGGGGGGGAAAAGAUUGGCAUCGUGGGGCGCACGGGGGCUGGCAAGUCGAGCUUGAUGAUGUCGCUGUUCCGGAUGAAUGACGUGGCAGCGGGAGCGAUCUCGAUUGACGGCGUGGACAUUUCGACCGUCGGGUUGCACCAACUGCGGUCUUCGCUGGCCAUAAUUCCGCAAAACCCGGUGCUCUUCAAAGGCUCCCUGCGCAACUACUUGGACCCGUUCGACGACUUUACCGACGACCAACUGUGGCGAGUGCUACAGAAGGUGCACCUCACCGACAGAAUCGUCGUCUCAGAUGCCAAACUCGAGCAAGAUGUGGACGAAAACGGAGAAAACUUCAGCGUGGGCGAGCGGCAGAUGCUGUGCAUGUCCCGCGCGCUGCUGCACAACGCCAAGAUCGUCGUGCUAGACGAAGCCACCGCCGCCAUCGACCACGCGACAGACCAGGUGCUGCAAAAAGUCAUCCGGGAAGAGUUUAUGCACUCGACGGUGCUCACGAUUGCCCAUCGAUUGGAUACAGUGCUCGACUACAAUCGCAUCUUUGUGUUGGAGCAAGGAGAACUGGUCCAGUGCGACACCCCCGCCGCACUCGCCGCGCUAGGAAGCGGUAUCUUCUUUGAUAUGAUCACCGAAGGCGGGUACGCCGACCGCCUCCACCUGACCAAGUAACGUGCGUCAUUUGGGCGUUUAUUGGUGGAUCAGUAACACAGUAAACCAACCAGAUUCAAUAAUAAUGGUCGCUUUGAACGAGGGAA